GAGAGGUGGAAACGAAGACAACAAAGAUGGGAGAGAACAGUGCCUCAAAGAAUCAGAAUCAAAAGCAGCACAACCUCUCCAUCGAUGUCCCCGUCCAGACCGGCUCCAAAUGCUUCGACGAAGACGGCCGUCUCAAACGGACUGGUAAUGUCUGGACAGCAAGUGCUCACAUAAUAACGGCCGUGAUCGGUUCCGGAGUGCUCUCCUUGGCCUGGUCCACUGCUCAGCUUGGAUGGAUAGCCGGCCCAACUGUGAUGUUCCUUUUCUCCUUCGUUACUUACUACACUUCCACCCUUCUGGCCGCCUGUUACCGCUCCGGCGACCCUGUCACCGGCAAGAGGAACUACACUUACAUGGACGCUGUCCAGUCCAACCUCGGUGGAAUUAAGGUGAAGAUAUGUGGGUUGAUUCAGUAUCUGAACCUCUUUGGAGUUGCCAUUGGCUACACCAUUGCAUCUUCCAUAAGUAUGAUGGCGAUCAAACGGUCCAACUGCUUCCACGAGAGUGGCGGGAAGAACCCCUGUAGAAUAUCAAGCAAUCCGUACAUGAUCGCGUUUGGCUUUACAGAGAUCCUCUUCUCCCAAAUCCCGGACUUCGAUCAGAUAUGGUGGCUCUCCCUUGUCGCCGCCGUCAUGUCAUUCACUUACUCUACAAUUGGUCUUGGCCUCGGAAUAGCCAAAGUUGCAGAAACCGGAAAUUUCAAGGGAAGUCUCACCGGAAUAAGCAUAGGAACGGUGACUGAAGCUCAGAAAAUCUGGAAGACCUUCCAUGCACUAGGAGACAUUGCUUUCGCCUAUUCAUACUCCAUCAUCCUCAUCGAAAUUCAGGACACAAUCCGGUCGCCGCCGACGGAAUCGAAGACGAUGAAGAAGGCCUCUCUGAUAAGCGUUUCCGUGACGACGAUGUUCUACAUGCUCUGCGGCUGCUUCGGCUAUGCCGCCUUCGGCGACUUGUCCCCGGGCAACCUCCUCACCGGCUUCGGCUUCUACAACCCUUACUGGCUCCUCGACAUCGCCAACGCCGCCAUUGUCAUCCACCUCAUCGGAGCUUACCAGGUCUACUGCCAGCCGCUCUUCGCCUUCAUCGAAAAGCAAGCAACAGAGUGGUUUCCAGAUAGCGAUUUCCUCUCUAAGGAAAUCGACAUUCCAAUUCCAGGAUUCAAGCCCUACAAGCUCAACCGCUUCCGGCUGGUCUGGAGAACGAUCUUCGUGAUCGUGACGACCGUGAUCUCGAUGCUGAUGCCGUUCUUCAACGACGUCGCUGGGAUCCUCGGAGCCCUCGGAUUCUGGCCGCUCACCGUGUAUUUUCCCGUGGAGAUGUACAUCGUCCAGAAGAAGAUCCCCAAGUGGAGCACCAGAUGGCUGUGCCUCCAAAUCCUGAGCGUCGCUUGCCUCGGGAUCUCUAUCGCCGCGGCCACCGGAUCGUUCGCCGAGGUCGUUCUUAAUCUCAAAUCUUACAAACCGUUCAGCACCAGUUACUGAAUGAAUCCAGCGUAGCUAGAUCCGCCAUUAUCGAAGCUUUCAGAAACAUGGAAGAACUGAAAAUUAGGGAUUCAAACUUUUGUGUUCCUGUUUCGUGUUGCUCAAAUUAAACAGCAGAAAAUGUUGUGAAUCUGCUGUAAUUCUAUUACGCCAGUAAAAUCCAAGCUUCUUGCUCUUGCCGUAAGCUAAUUUCAUAUUGGAUUGAUCAUUGAAGGGUUUUACGAU